GGGGAAGCACAAGACCUUGUCCUAAGUCGCACGAAAAAAAGAAAGAAUCAGUUGAGUAGCUGAGUACCUAGAUAGUAUGUACUAUAUUUUACGCAUAUACCUCUAGAACGUGUCAGUCAUAUAUACCAUCAAAGUACCUUAUGACAAUGUGAGAAAGAAACAUAAAAAGGAAAAAAAAAAUACAUAUCCGGUAGAGAGGAUUGUGGGGGAUCGGCCUUUUACCUGAUUUGAGCUGAUCUGGUCUUUAGUGGAGGCCAGGGCUCUGCAGGUAAUAGCCUACUGAAAUCUAGCACGUCGGGCAUUGUAAGGCUGUAACCCCUGUCCUUAUUGUAUUGUACCUAAUGCAUACAUGGUACUUGCAGAGCUAGCAUCAUGCUACCUAUUAAGCAUAAUGUUCGGAGUGGCUGAGCCAAAGCUCCGCCAGAAACUGCCGCGUAUUUCGCUUGUCAGAAUAUCUUCUGAAUUGGUACCUUCUCUUAACUCCAAGUACCUAACCUUAGGUGAUACAUUGUGUAUCUCACAGAAACUAAUUUCGCCGACGCAGCGAACCUUCAAAUCUAUCAAUCAUCAAAAGUGCGUGAUGAAGAUCUGUGACAUAUUGUAGAUGAGUUAGGGUUUUCCAGGGAUGGUUGAAAUAAUGACGAAGCAAAAAAAAGUUUAAAAAAUGAAAUGUCAUAGCGGAUAUAUGAGGUGUUUAACAGGUUCACGUUUGUGCAAGAUGUUCUGAUUUGUGAGAUGUCAAGAUGAAAUAUCGUAAGGAACGGUUUGUCAUGAGGAUAUCUGAAACUGAUUAUCUAAGUCGACAGGGGGUCACGUGAUUUGUCGGUGACACUUACUUAGGUACUGCCCUGUUCGGAGAAGAUUGUAUACGUCAUUGCC